CGGUGCGGUGUGUCCUGUGCGGUAGUACGCAUUUUUGUUACUUAAUAUUUAAUUUUGUUCGGCCACGCCGCAGUUGCUUGUCACAGCAAUGAGUACCUCUGAUCAGCGCCCUCCUUUUACAUUUUGUGAAGUAUGCAAAAUAGAUAUGCUUCCCGAAAAUUAUGGUGCUCAUGUUAAUGGAAAGAAGCAUAAACUUCAGGAGGAAAGAUUAGGUACUAAGAAACAUAUCGAGGAGACAGGAUUGUAUAUUAGAGGUGUACCACCGAAUGUGGAUGCUGCAGAAAUGUCUAAGGCUUUCGGAAAGUAUGGAUAUAUUGCCAAAAUUGAAAUUUAUGGAAGAACUGCCUUUGUUCACUAUGUUGAUAAGAGCUCUUGUGACGAGGCCUUAAAGCAUCAACACGUUGUUUGCAAUACUACUUUGUACGUAGAUAGGCGGAAACUAAUUGAUCGUCCCAAUCCUGUCCGUGUCCAGAAUAAAAGAGGUUUCGACAACACUCCAAAGACCUCAAAGACACCAAUUAAUGAUAAGAGCAAAGGGCAGAAGAAACCAGCGCUUAUAACAAAAGAGAUAUUGGACAAAUUAGCUCGGCCAGCACCAAUUUCAGAGCAAAUGACAAAACUUAAAGAGCUCAUUCUGGCAGGACCUGAACUUUGCAAUGACAUAUGCAACAAAAUUUGUUCAGAUGUGAUGCUUAUAAUGAACACGGCCACCUUUAGUACUUGUGAGCUACUUGCAUUUGGAUCCAUGACAACAGGGUUGGCAUUCAAAGAUAGUGAUCUAGAUGUGUAUGCUCAUCUUGAGUUAAAUCCUCAAACUCAUCUUUUAAAAGGGCCAGGUGGCAAGCAAGACCAGAAGAAAAUUUUUAACAUUGCCAAAGGUAGUUUUUACAGGAGGCCUCAGGUAUUCAAAGACAUAGUUCCUAUUCAAGGUGCAAAGAUACCAUUAAUCAAGUUUGUGCAUAUAAAUACAAAUGUUGCAUGUGAUGUCAAUUUCCGAGAUGCAAUUGGAUAUUACAAUAGCAAUCUUUUACGUCAUUACCUUGACAUGAACGAGAGGUUUUUUAACUUGAUGGUGUUUUUAAAAUUUUGGGCACGAGUGCAUGACUUUAUUUCCUCAUCCAAGUUAUCAAGCUUUGCUUUGUGUAUGUUAGGUCUGAAUUUCAUACUUUCUUUAAAGAAUGAAGUUGGGGACAGAAUAAUUCCCACUGUUGAUGACCUUUUGAAUCAGUCUCAAUCCUCUGAUAGUGAUAUUUAUGUUAAUGAAUGGAAAUGUAGUUUUGAUAAUACUCCAAUCAAAGUUACGCUUCCAGACUCACCUAACUAUUCCCUAGUAGGAUUACUAAAGGGAUUCUUUGAGCACAUAGCUACACUACCUUUCCAAACAGAUGUGUUAAGUGUCUCAACGGGAGGAUUAAUUCCUAGAGAAUUAUUUAAUAGCCCUGAUGAACUCCCUAAUGCGUACAUAUGCUAUAAAAAUUUUAUUCUGAAGCAUCCAGGAGAAGUUCUAGUAAAGCCUGAACACUAUGCUGUGAUCCAUGACCCAUUCAGACUAAAUCACAACUUGUUAGGUAGAGUUAACUUGCAGACAAUGCAAAGUUUUGUAAAUGCAUGUAAAAAAGCGGCAGAAGACUGUGCUGUCGCUAUGAACAACAAAGAGAUGGAGUCCACACUCUUGCAUCAUCUGCUAGAUGCUCGCAAGCGUCCGCCUCAAGUGGAGGUUCAAGGCACCUCACAAAUCAAGGAUCACAAUAUUGGUCCCACAUCACUUAUUCUUGAUAAUCCCUUCAUUGGCAAUGAAAAUCCACUUUUAGAUUUGGCUGACAUCAUUUGCAUGAUUUUUGAAAAGAUUCUUCUUCUUAAUGUGACCAAAUUAGAAGAAGACAAGACUGAAACCAGUUGCAAAGUCAGUAGAGCAGAUGAUAUGAAAGAUGUGCAUGAGAACAGCCAACCACGUAUUCUGGUUACUUGUGAAGGGAAAAUAGAUGUUUGGAAUGGAAGGAAGAAGGCAAAAAACCUACUUAAACUCAUCAAUCCAUUGACUUUUGAAGAUGAAGUUAAGGUUUCUGAAUACCUGAAGCAACAUGCUGGGAAAGAUACCAAUGUACCUCUUUCCUUUCAAUGUGAACUCCUAUGUAAGGUUAAACAAUAUAAUUUGCUCUUUGACAAUUUUCCAUCUAAAAGAAACUUCAAAGUCUUUUGGAUGAUAAUUCAACAACAGCUCCCUAAAUGGGUAACUGGUUUAAAAGAUGCUCUUAAGAAAUCUUCUGAAAUAUGAGAUUCACAGCAGCAGCAAGGUAAGUUACUGAAGGGUCAGUGACUUAGCUUGCUGCAAGUCCAUCUAUUGUUGUCAUGAUUUAGGAAUAUGAUAACCUGUAGGAAAUCAGAAUGCAGGUCUUCAAGACUGCCACUGGAAAUCCGGGACUCCUAUGUGUUCUGUCCCUCCCCCAAAUGAAGAAUUGACCUUUUGUUUUUGUAUUAUAUGCACAUACAGAUGUACAUAAUUUUAUUUCUGAUAGUCUGAUUUGUCUUCAAUUAAAUUUGAAGGGAGUAUAUUA